AUGGGCUCUAUUCAACAAGUCAGCCCAUUGGACAGGGUGGUAAAUUCGUGGCAGGAACAUCAUGACCGAAGUGAAAAUUACGAACACAAUCGUCCUAAUGAGCCUCGGGGUCUUUCGUUUCAGCUCCCCGAAAUAGACACGGAUUUCAUCGACCCUGGCGAUGCUGAUGCAAAAGUCUAUUGGCCAUUACCAGAUCAGUACGAGCGUGAACCAGAAUCAGCGAAUAUGCCACCAGGGCACGAAUACACGACUGGAAUCAAGGCUGCUCAAGAUGUCGUCACCAUGGACCAGCACGGCAAAAAGUACACGCGCGCCUGGGAAUCGCCUCAGAUAAAUGGAUCUUCGGCAAAUGGGAGGUUCAUGUUUGGAAAGGAAACACCUAGGAGAGUAGGAGGUGGAUGGGCAACAUCGUCGAAAGGUAACUCGUCCUCUCCUAUGCAGAGAGCUGUGCCAGGAAUACUUCGGAGCAAGCACCUGGCUCGAGUCAAAGAGCCCGGCCUCGCGGGCUCAUCCACGCCUCCGCCAAUUUCGCGAUCGAGAAGAUACGUGUUUGAGAGCGACGAUGAGCUCCCGAGCCCCAUUAGUCCCGACAGCUUCGGUCCGAGACCACCCACGGCACCGCAGCCCUAUACUCGUCAUCAUUUUGACGAUGCAGCACGGGCAAGUCGCGAAAUAGAAAGGCCGCGAACUGCGAUACGAUCUGACCGCCACGUCUCCCCUCGAAUCUUGACGCCAAAGAGGCAGCACUCUGACCAGGGGGGCUCAAGUCGGACCCAAUCGAGAUCACCGACAACAGAUGAUUCCAGCAGACAAGUUGCAACGCCGGCACUUGACCGCGUACUCAAGUUUGAGGAGGCCGAAAAACACCAGACCACGGGCAAGGCGCCCAACUUUUCGCUGCGUCGUACAGGGCAUUUGCGGCCCAUCGUGACGGAUCUGCCGCGAAGGGAAGAACAACCACAGUUGCAGCCUAUAGUCACGGAUAUUCCACCAAGGACCGAGACGCACGAUUUUUACGUCCGAAACGACCGCGACUCGGCCAUUGGCAUGUCGGAUCAGUCGAGAUCUACCCGGGACCAAUAUCCAGGCAGUCCCAGCCACGAGAACUCGAUGCUCAGCCAUAGCAGCUCUCGGAGAAGUGAAGGAUCUACUCACCACCCCGCCGACUUUUUCAGCCAGGGUAUAUUUCAGGUUGUUAUUCACAACCCAGCGACAGCCUAUCAACUACAAAAGUUUUGUGAAACUCAAUUCUGUGGCGAGAAUGUUGAGUUUCUGCAAAAGGUCGAAUUUUAUCGGACCACCGUAAAUAAUCUCGCAGGAAUUCUCGCAGAUAUUCACAAGACUUUUGUAUCCAACCAGUCGCGAAAACAGGUCAAUGUUCCGGGCGACCUCAUGGAAGCCGCGCAUAAUGAUAUGAAGUCCUUGGUUACCAACACUCUACCAUCCAUGGAAUCAAUGUUUGACGGCAUGCAGCAAAAGAUUGAACAACUCCUCUUUGACGAUAUAUACCCGCGAUUCGUGCGCCACCAGGUGACCAUGGAGACUGCCAGGUCUCUGACCACCGACCGCUACCGGUAUCAAGGACUUGGGGAUUGUUUCUGCUUGUCAAGUCCAGCACAAGCCGAUAACCCCGUCGUCUACGCUUCGGAUGGGUUUGUCAAGGUCACUGGCUACAGCCGGUCUGAAGUGAUACCGCGAAAUUGUCGGUUUCUUCAAGGUCCCCAGACAGACAGGACAGCAAUCAAGCGCUUAAGAAGAGCCCUCAGGGAGGAAAGAGAGUCAGUGGAGCUGCUGCUCAACUACAAGAAAGACGGUACUCCAUUCUGGAAUCUCUUGUAUAUGGCUCCUCUGUGCGACGAUAAUGGCAAUGUCGUCUUCUUCCUGGGCGGGCAGAUCAACUGCUCGACCACGAUCCAUACCAACGUGGACGUCAUGCGGGUGCUCUCGGUUCCCUGCGACACACCGAGCCCCGAGGAGUUGCGCUUACAGCAGGAAAGCAUGCAGCAGCAACAGUUCCAAGCCAGUAUGCAGCACCCCAAGCGCAGGUCAUUUUUCAAGAAUCUCAUCAGCAAUGCGCUGCCGACAAGCGCUCCCUCGACGCAACAGUCGCCGUCGUCAUCGUCGCAGUCGCCGCAGCAGCACGAGCACGGGCAGCCAGGACAGUCGAUGCCAACUGGAGGACCCUUGGGGUUUUCGCCCGCGCCCACGUCGGCUGGCUCUGAAGUUCAACAGCAGCAGCAACAAUCACAACCAGGUCUGGAGGGCAGGGUGCUGGAUCGUAUGGGCGGGCGCGACCUCAUGUCGCAGAUGCAAGAGUUUUAUAGCGCCUACUCCAAGUACAUUGUGGUGCGGGCCGAGAACUUUAGCAUCAAGUUCUACUCGGCCGAAAUCGUCGAGUCGCUCGUGCCGACCAACACGGGGCCCAGCAACGAGCAGAUGCUACCACCGGGCUCGAUAGGCCCGGAGCGACCGCCGGCGCUGGCCCGACCGCCCGUGGUCGGACAGGACAUCUUUCGCUACUUCAAGCAGCACCAGCCCGGGACCAUUCAGGCCGAUUUCAAGAGCUCGGUCAAAAAGGCCAUCAAGUCGGGCAUGCCCGCCAGCGCCGGGAUUCGGCUGCAGACCCGCCGGAGUGCCGCGUACCGGGGUGACGAGAACUUCAUGACGCACUGGACGCCGUUGAAGAAUGAGCAUGGCGCGGUGCACUGGGUCGUGGUCACCCUGGCUUCGCUGACGCCUGAUAUGCAGAAUCCAAUUUGA